UCGACCAAAUUAAAAGCAAGAGGGUGAGGAGUAGUUGCUCUGGUCGGGGGAAUGGAGAAAGGGGCGGCGGGUGCGGAGGCGCCGGUGCCAAGAGUGGCGGUGGUGGUGUUCUUGUUGAAGGGGAAAGCGGUUCUUUUGGGGCGGCGCCGCUCCUCCGACGGUGACUCCACUUUUGCUCCCCCAGGCGGCCACCUCGAGUUCGGGGAGAGCUUUGAGGAAUGUGCUGCCAGAGAAUCGAUGGAAGAAACAGGAUUGGACAUCGAGAAAGUAGAGUUUUUAACAGUCACAAACAACCUCUUUCUAAAGGAUCCAAAACCGUCCCACUACGUAACUGUCUUAAUGCGUGCAGUGUUGGCAGAUGCUGAGCAAGUGCCCCAAAACCUUGAGCCAGGCAAGUGUGAUGGAUGGGAUUGGUAUGACUGGGAUAACCUCCCUAAACCGCUGUUUUGGCCAUUACAGAAAACGGUGCAGGAGGGCUUUAAUCCCUUCCCGAUUGGCUCCAAUUCAUAGGGAUAUAUUACUAAUAUUACUACUUCUACUUGCUGUUUUCUCUGUGAGAAG